AUGAAUAAAAAGAAAGAAAAGAUAUCUGAAAAGAAAAUCCAAGGACUGAUUUUAAAACCUAGGAGAAUAAGCUUUAUUUCGCAUCAAAACGCUGUAAAAAUUGCGAAGAGCUUUAAUAGGAAGUUUUCGCCUGUUAAUUGCUCGAUGAAUAGUAAAACUGAUGGGCAUGAUAUUGAUAGAAUGAUUGAGGUUUCGAGAAGAAGAGAACUUAACUUUAAUAAUUCGAUUUCUAAAGAGCUGAAAAAAGCUAUGAGAUUUUCCCAUGGAUGGCGCUAUUUUUGGUCUUGAUUUUCCCACUAGGAAAAUUUUUUUGGUUUGACCAAACCAUAGUACUGGUUGAACCAAAAAAUUUUUCCUGUGGGAAACAAGGCCAAAACAGCGCCAUCCACAGGAAAUUGCUAUCUAUUAGCAGUUCGCCUACUACUAAAACACAUAGAAAUUUUUACUCCUCAGAGUCACCAGUAACUGUAAGAGCUUCAGAUAUGGAAGAUAACUUUUUUUAUAAAAUAAAAGAACCUUCUAUUGAAGAUAUCCAAGUAAAUCUCCCAAUAAUUACUCCGGUAAAAAUAACUCCUUAUACACCUUCAAAUGCAAGUCCAGCAAGAUCAGAAUUUUUAUUGCCUGGUACCCCAAAAAGACGAUUUUCCUCUUUUGAAGACCCUGAAUCGUUACCUCCACCAAUAAAGCUUGUUCCGAUCAAAAACAAAGAAAAGCAAAAUAAAAGAAUUAUUAAACAUGACAGAAUAAAAUCUUUAGAAGCACUGGUGGACACUUGUAAUAUUUUUGAACCUAUAAUAAAGCCGAAGAUAAAAGAAGUUAUUCAUGAGGAAAAAGAAAGAAAUGCAGAAAUCAGUGGGUUUUUGCAUUAUGUUAAUGAUUUGUCUGAUAUUUUGAGGAUUGCUCCAGAUGAAGGCGCAUUUUCAAACUUUAUGUCAACAAGAAGGUAUAAUAAAAAAUUGGAUAAAGGAUUGAAAAGUGAUUUAAGCAAUACAAAAGAGGAGCUGUUUUCAAUAACGAAAAAGUUAAUUGAAAUGGGAGGAAGAAAAAUUUGGAGACACAGGCAGGCAAGCUUUAUGGCUAGUACAGAUAAAGAAAUAAAUUCUUUUCCAGCUAUAAAGUAUCGAUAG